UGUAGUGCAAAGAUAGUAUUUGCAUUACAGCGAUCGGAGGUCUGGAGUGAAUCUGGUAAUUCGGCGUGUGCGAGGUGUGUUCUUCCUGCAUGAUGGACAGUUGCGCAGCUGCGGGACCCGCACAGAGUCUGGUGCGAGUGUGGAUGGAGCGGUGCGGAUUGCAAUAAUCCAACUGGAUGGAUAUGCCAUUGUGUCUGCACAUGAUGCCCAUGGAAACCUAAAUCCCGUCCUCAAAUGCAAGGUGGCCUCUUGUGUAAGAAGAUCUGUCUAAGAAUGCCAGCAAACAGCAAGGACUACGUUUCCAAGCACUUGUAACUGUGCAUGGAUGUUCUUCACAGGGGAGACGCACAAAAAGGGCCAGCAACUUGCUUAAUGUGAGAGAGAGAGAGAGAGUCCCGCUGACUCAGAGAGAGAGAGAGUCCCGCUGACUCAGGACUAUGGCUGUGCAGCCUGACCCAUCCUUCAGCUUGCUCACGAUGUCGGAAGGCCGUCGGUGUCAGGUACACCUUCUGGAUGACAGGAAGCUGGAACUUCUUGUUCAGCCCAAGCUCUUGGCAAAGGAGCUACUUGACUUGGUGGCAUCGCACUUCAGCCUGAAGGAGAAGGAAUACUUUGGGAUCGCAUUUACGGAUGAAACGGCUCACUUCAGCUGGCUGCAGUUAGACCGCAGAGUCUUAGAGCAUGAUUUCCCUAAAAAAUCAGGACCGGUUGUGCUGUACUUUUGCGUGAAGUUCUACAUUGAGAGCAUCGCUUAUCUGAAGGACAAUGCCACCAUUGAACUCUUCUUCCUGAAUGCAAAGUCUUGCAUCUACAAGGAGCUGAUUGAAGUCGACACUGAAGCCAUUUUCGAAUUGGCAGCGUACAUCCUCCAGGAAGCUAAAGGCGACUACUCAAGUAAUGAAGUCACAAGAGCUGAUCUAAAGAAACUUCCCGUGCUCCCAACCCAGGCACUGAAGGAGCAUCCAUCUCUCGCCUAUUGUGAGGAUCGAGUGAUUGAACAUUACAAGAAGGUGACUGGACAAACAAGAGGACAAGCUAUCGUUAAUUACAUGAGCAUUGCAGAAUCUCUUCCAACCUAUGGAGUCCACUAUUAUGCAGUAAAGGACAAGCAAGGAAUUCCGUGGUGGUUGGGACUGAGUUACAAAGGGAUAUUCCAGUACGAUUACCAUGACAGAGUGAAACCCAGAAAGAUCUUCCAAUGGAGGCAGUUGGAGAACCUGUACUUCAGAGAGAAGAAAUUUUCUGUGGAAGUUCAUGACCCACGCAGGGCCUCUGUAACCAGGAGAACCUUUGGUCACAGUGGAAUCGCAGUGCAUACAUGGUACGCCAGUGCUGCUCUGAUUAAGUCAAUCUGGGCGAUGGCCAUUAGCCAGCACCAGUUCUAUCUAGACAGAAAGCAAAGCAAAUCAAAAAUCCACGCAGCCAGAAGCCUGAGUGAAAUAGCCAUCGACCUGACUGAGACUGGUACACUGAAGACAUCCAAGCUGGCCAAUAUGGGAAGUAAAGGGAAGAUCAUCAGCGGAAGUAGUGGCAGUCUUCUCUCCUCAGGUUCCCAGGAGUCGGACAGCUCCCAGUCUGCUAAGAAGGAUAUGUUGGCUGCUCUGAAAUCCAGGCAGGAUGCUCUGGAGGAGACACUGAGGCUUCGGCUCGAGGAACUCAAGAAGUUGUGUCUGAGAGAGGCGGAGCUCACGGGGAAGUUGCCCAAGGAGUAUCCUUUGGACCCUGGGGAGCAGCCCCCGAUCGUGCGACGGAGGGUUGGCACCUCCUUUAAGUUGGACGAGCAGAAGAUCACGGCGAAAGGAGAGGAGAUAGAGUUGGAACGCCUUGAGCGAGAGUUUGCCAUUCAGUCGCAGAUUACGGAGGCAGCAAGGCGGCUCGCCGGUGACCCCAACGUCAGCAAGAAGGUGAAGAAGCAGAGGAAGAUCUCCUACUUAAACGCACUGAAAAAGCUGCAGGACAUCGAGAACGCCAUCAAUGAAUACAGGAUCAAGUCAGGAAAGAAACCCACCCAGAGGGCGUCUUUAAUCAUCGAGGAGGCAAAUAUUGGUUCAGAAGACAGCUCACUGUCGGAUGCCCUGGUUCUUGAGGAUGAGGACUGUCAUGUCUCGAGUGUUUCAUCGCCCGUGCAGUCUCCACACAAAGCCCUCCCUCCCCGCCCACCCUCGCACCAGAGGCCACACCCGCCACAGUCCCUGGACGGUCUGCGCCAGCUGCAUUACCAUCACAGCGAUUACGACAAGUCGCCCAUCAAACCAAAAAUGUGGAAGGAGUCAUCUCUAGAUGAGCCGUACGAGAAGGUGAAGAAGCGAGCCUCUCACAGCUACUCCAGCCUAGCAAGUGGACACACACGUUUCCCCAGUGUUGGAAGCUGUGCAGAGGCGGGAGCUGGAGGUUCCCUGCAGAGCAGUCCUGUGAGAGGUGCCCCGCACUGGAACUGCACACAGUCCAGCAUGCCAUCCACGCCUGAUCUACGGAUACGAAGUCCCCCUUAUGUACAUUCCACACGGUCAGUAGACAUCAGCCCCACUCGUCUUCACAGUUUGGCACAGCACUUUAGACACAGGAGCUCCAGCUUGGAGUCCCAAAGCAAGCUGGUUGUGUCCGAGAACGAGACAGGGAGUCCAGACUUCUACACCCCAAGGACUCGUAGCAGUAAUGGUUCAGACCCUCUGGACGACUGUUCCUCCUGCACCAGCCACUCCAGCUCAGAACAUUACUACCCAGCUCACAUGCACACCAACUACUCAACGCUGGCUGAGGAUUCACCGUCCAAAGCCCGGGAGCGCCAGAGGCACCGGUCCGCCGGAAACCUAGGUUCCACCAAUUCAGGGAGCAUGCCAAACCUAGCCGGCAAAAAUGGAAGUGGGAACAGUGGGGUCUACCUUCACAGCCAGAGCCAACCUUCAUCGCAGUAUAGGAUUAAGGAAUAUCCUUUGUACAUCGAGGGGAGCCCGACUCCGGUUGUGGUCCGGAGUUUGGAGAACGACCAGGAAGGACACUACAGUGUGAAGGCACAGUUUAAAACUUCGAACUCCUACACAGCGGGUGGGCUCUACAAGGAUACCUGGCGCGGCGAUGACAUCGACGUGGUGAAGCUGAUGCCAUCUCGCUCCCAAAUUGUUAGGACUCCUUCCCUCGUUAAGGAUAACGUUGAAAGAAGCACAAACAGAACUGCUCUGUCUGAUGAGCUGAGGUCUUGGUACGAGAGGUCCUCAGCCACACUGAAGGAACACAAUAGACUCUCUCACACAAGUUCCGACUCGUCAGACAGGAGCUCCCCGUACUCCCCAGCACAGAGUGCCUUCAUGGCUCACAGCAGGGUAACCCGUAUGCCUCAACCAUCCAAAGCAACAUCAGCUAUUUCAGCUUCACCUCGCAGUCAAAGAAGCACAACGCAACCUGCUGAAUUGGCCAUUACUUCCCCAUCACACAGCCCUCACCACAUUGUGUCCUGGCAGAGUGGAGAAACAACAGAAAACAGCACACUUCACGAUGAGCAGACUCUUUCGCCAACUCACCAAAGCCCAGUAAAGUAGAGGGCCUACCAGGACACUUGCUACAUGGACAGGUCCCUCUAUUCAGAAUUAGCAGACGUCCAGUGGUAUGGAAGCGACAGUGCUAAACCUGGAACUCUAGUCUGACCAAUGACCUCAGCUCAAAGUUCAAGUGUCGAGCCCAUCCACUGUCCUUUGUCACUGCCUUACUCUAUGCACAGCUAGGGACCAGCAAACCCAGCUCCAAGCACAUUCACAAAGGAAAUCAACGAGCUAAGCUAAAGUGAAUCCUCAUUAAAGUACCACAACUGUGCUCUCUCUCUCUCUCUGUCUGUCUCUCAGGUAACCACUGGUCAAGAAUUAAAAGGUUUUUUACAGUUUGAAGUCAGAUUGCAGAUCAUACACACCAGAUCUCCCAUCAUGAAGCCUGUGUAUGACUUUUGUUUCGAUCUCUGGUGGGAAAAUAAUGCCGAAAGUUUAAUAACAAAAUGCUUAAGAAUUUUAAUGGAGCUUAAUGUUUACUUGAAUUUUACCAAAGACCAACUUUAAGCUGAAGAGAACAAAUUGGACAGACGUUGUCCAUUGGUUACCUGUUAAGUAAACAAGUGGGCAAAUAUCGAACACUGGUUACGGUCAUCUGCCCAACUGGAACAGAGGCAGCUAAGCAGCAGCAAGUACAAGGUUCGAUUUCCCAGCACUAUUU